AGGAAAUAAUGCGAUCAGUGAAUUAGAAAUCAAAUACAAAUUAUCUUCAAAAAGUAGAUUAAUAUUCAUAAAGUGUGAUGUUACCAAUGAAAUCGAAUUCGAAGAUUCUUUUAAGAAAACUAUUGAGCGAUUUGGAAAAAUAAACAUUGUUGUCAAUAAUGCUGGUAUCAUGACCAAGUAUAUGACUUCUUGGGAGCUAGCCAUCGAUUUAAAUUACAAAGCAGUAGUUCGAGGUACCAUGCUAGGUCUUAAAUACAUUGAAAACAAAGAAGACAAAAAGUCUGCAGUCAUUAAUGUAGCGUCAAUAGUUGGACUAUCCAACACCGUCUUGCCCAUGUACCAAUCGACCAAAAGAGCUGUUAUCGAAUUCACAAAAUCUAUUGGAUGUCCGUUUAAUUCGAAGGCGACCGGAAAUAAAAUAAGAGUCAUGGCCAUUUGUCCUGGCGGUACGUUUGACGGAUUUGAAAACAACAUUGAAGGGAAAAACGCAUUACAGCAAGAAAUUAAGGACUUGAUUACGAGUGGUGAAGAAACCCCUAAUCCAAAUAGAAUUCUAAUACUACAGAGCACUGAUUACUAUAAAGCUGCAUUUCUUCACGUUAUGAAAAACGGCAAAAAUGGAGACGUUUGGAUAACCGAAAAUGAAGAGCCUCCGAGACGUACACAUUUCUCCACUCAAUACUAAUUAUUACUCCUAAUUGAAUUUUAAUUUUCCAAACACCUACUAAUGAUCAUGAUAAAAUAAUUAAUUGAAACAUUAAGGCUCCAGGUGUCAAUGUUAUUUUUUCCACAAAAAUAAAGUCUAUACGGGAAUGUUAAUCAUAAGUUCAGUAAAAUCAA